AUUGACGGUGGUCGUCGGCUCACCGGUGGCAACGAGCUUGACGCCCCUUAUGUGGAUGGUGAUAUGAUAGAUGCCCCGUUCGUUUCCGAAAAGACCCGUCAGUUCUUCUGGGACGAUCGUGAUAUGGACUGGAUGAGCAAACGUAAACUGAGGUCUUCUGAAGGGUUCAAGGGAAUCAGCUACUUCACGAUCGAGAAGGGCUCGGCUGCUGACAAGUAUUUCCAUGCUCACCGCACUCUUGCCGAGAUCGUCAAGUUCGAGUACCCCAACGGUUGUGUCGCUGCUGGUGGGAAGCAGGAACAGAAAUACUGCAUUUUCGUCUCUCUAGACGCCUCUCUCGAUCCUUCUGUAACUCUCAAGGCCGGUAUGAGCUUCAUCGAUAUUCAUGAUGCCAGUAAAGUCGCUCAUCUGUCCAUUGGAGUGACCUUGAAAAAGAACGAGGAUAGUAUGCUGAGCCUUACCAUCGAUGCUGGCGGAUGCGCGGUCGUGUUCCAGUAUGGUCAAACCGAUGGAACCCAUCUGAAAAUAUCUGUAUGCAUGACCAGCAAGGACCCGGCUAAGAAGAGACCAGAUGGUGCGAUCGAGGGCGAGGUUGCAAUCACCGUCAACUUCAUGGUCCACUUGCCGUACGUUGGUGACCUCAUCGACUGGGAUGUUAACGCCAAGGUUAACUGCACUGCCGCCCUCAAGAACGACAUUACAGCAUACGGCGUUAUCGGCACUUCUGCAAGUGCUAAGGUCGCGUACGCCGCUGUGAGCCUCGACAUUACGGCCAACACUCUUGAUCAUGCGUACAACAAAUGGCACUUCGUGUCUGGUGUUGAUUUCCACGCUUGGGCGGGUGUGUGGAAACUCAAAAAGCAUUGGGACUAUCACUGGGCGCUGUACGAGGCCGGCCCUGUAACUAUAUAA